AUGGGCUGGGCACUGCAGGGGGUCCUACUGGUGUGGGUGUUGAUGGUUUGGGUGAGGGGGGCUGAGCCUUCCCAGGAGCUGUCCUCUGCAGGGUUUCUGGACUGCAAGAAAGCCCUGAAUCUCCCAAGCCUGGAAGUUCUGCCAGGUGGGGGCUGGGAUAACCUCAGGAAUUUGGAUAUGGGCAGAGUCAUCAGCCUCAGCUACUCACAGUGCAAGACCACAGAAGAUGGAGCUUACAUCAUCCCAGACGAGAUCUUCACUAUCCCUCUCAAGCAGAGCAACCUGGACAUCAACUCUGAGAUCAUUGAGUCCUGGAAAGAUUAUCAAAGCAUCACCUCUGCCUCCAUCAACCUGGAGCUGUCCCUCUACUCCUUCAUCAAUGGCAAGUUCUCCUCCGACUUCCACCAAACCAAGACCCACCAGGUGAGAGACCAGGCGGUCACCACCCGGGCACAGGUCAGGAACUUGGUUUACACUGCCAAGAUCAACCCCGGGGCAGCCCUGGACAAGGGCUUCAAGAAGCAGCUGCUGGCCAUUGCCAGCCACCUGGAGAACAACCAGACACGGAUGGCUGAUUACCUGGCUGAGGUGCUGCUGCUGAACUACGGCACCCACACCAUCACCUCCGUGGAUGCUGGAGCCACCUUGGUGCAGGAGGAUCAGGUCAAGGUGACCUUCCUGAAGGACAACUGGGCCACACGCAGUGCUGUCACUGCCUCGGCCAGCGUGGCCUUCCACAACAUCAUCAGUGUGACAGCCGAGGGGUCCCAGAGCGCCAGCUCUGCACUCACCAAGCAGUACCUGGAGAACCGCACCCACUCCCGGGUGGAGAGCAUCGGGGGGCCCCUCUUUUACCCUGGCAUCACCCUCAAGACUUGGCAGGAGGGGAUCAGGAACCAGCUGGUGGCUCUCGACCGCUCGGGGCUGCCCCUGUACUUCUUCAUCACCCCCAGCACCCUGCCAGAGCUGCCCACCCCCACGGUGAAGCGGCUGGCCAGGAGAGUGGAGAUGGCUGCCCGCCGCUACUACACCUUCAACACCUCCCCAGGCUGCACCGACGCCACCUCACCCAACUUCAACUUCCAUGCCAACACUGACGAUGGCUCCUGCGAGGGCUCCAUGGCCAACUUCACCUUCGGGGGAGUUUUUCAGGAGUGUGUGGGGCUGGCUGGCCCUGACACCAACAUCCUGUGCCAGGACUUGGAGCAGAGGAACCCCCUGACUGGGGCUUUUUCCUGCCCCUCUAACUACACCCCAGUGCUGCUGGGCGUGCAGGAGCGGGAGGAAGGCCACAGCCAUCUGGACUGCCACAACAAAUGCAUCCUGAGAUGGUUCUGCCACUGUGAGUGCCAGGACGUCUUCCAGCUCUCCCGCGUGCAAUUCAGUGCCUACUGGUGUGCCACAAGCAGGUCAGUGGCCCCGGGGUCGGGGUACCUCUUUGGGGGGCUCUUCAGCACUCACAGUGCCAACUAUGUCACUGGUGCCCAGUCCUGCCCCUCAAGGUAUUUCCCACUGAAGCUCUUUGAUGAGCUCAAGGUGUGUGUGAGCCAAGAUUAUGAGGCAGGUGGACCCUAUGCAGUGCCCUUUGGGGGCUUCUUCAGCUGCCAGGCGGGGAACCCCUUGGUGGAGAAGCACCAGGGCACCACCGAGAACCCCUAUGCCAAGAGCUGUCCCCCGGGCUUCAGUCAGCACUUGGCACUCAUCAGCGACAGCUGCCUGGUGCAGUACUGCGUCCAGGCUGGCAUCUUCACAGUGGGCUCACUGCCACCUGCCCGCCUGCCACCCUUCACUCGACCCUCCCCCAGCCUGCCAGCCACUGACACUGUCCUGGUGAGCAGUGGGGAUGGGGCCAGCACCUGGGUCAAGGAUGGGCAGAGCCACACGUGGCGGCUUGCCCAGCCAGAAGAGAUCCAGCACACGGCAGAGAUGCUGAGGGGCCGGGGGCUGACAGGGGGCGAGGUGGCUGGGGUCACUGCAGCAGUCCUGGCAGGGCUGGCCACCAUCCUGGCCACUGUCUGCUACAGCCGCCGGAGGCACAAGGCGAGAGGGUACUGCAGGAUGGGUGAAGGGCACAGCCCAGCAGCUGCCCCCCCUGGGGACAGCACUGUGCUGAGUGUGGGAGAGGGCUAUCAGCAGGAGACCGAGGGGCUGACGGCGUAA